AUGGCAGGGAAGACAUACAAACUACUAAACUGUGACAAGCACAAGUCUAUGUUGUUGAAGAAUGGACGGGACCCGGGGGAAGUGAGACCAGACAUAGCUCACCAGAGUUUACUGAUGCUGAUGGACAGUCCCCUGAACCGAGCUGGCUUGCUGCAGGUUUAUAUCCGUACACAGAAGAAUGUGCUGAUUGAAGUGAACCCCCAGACUCGAAUUCCCAGAACCUUUGACCGCUUUUGUGGCCUCAUGGUUCAGCUUUUACACAAACUCAGUGUUCGAGCAGCUGAUGGCCCCCAGAAGCUCUUGAAGCUCAAUGUGGAGUAUACAGAGAAGAUGGUGUCCAUCAGCAACUAUCAGCUUUCUGCUGCUCUAACCUGCGCAAAACUUACCACAGCCUUUGAGGAAGUAUGGAGGGUCAUUUGACAGUAGGACCUUGCUCUGAAAGAGAGACUGUUGACAUUGCAUCCCUUGACUCUUCUAACUCCCUGUUGGAUGAUGACCUUCCUGAACCAAGACUGGGGUUAGUGGAAGCCAAGGCUGAAUGUACAUUUGCUAUUUGUUUAUCUUAUAAACACUGUUCUUGCAAAAAAAAAAAAAA